UGCCAGCCCGCCUGUGCUUGCUGCCAGCCCCUCGGCAAACAGCUAGCCACAGCAGCCAACUGCCGCCUGCUACGAGUGCUACGAGCGCUCACGAGUACGUACCAAUCUGCCCGCUGAGGCCGGGCCGGUCGCACAUGCCUCAACGUUCUUGUCAACGCUACGGCAACACCUCUGCGGCAUAACUUUUUUGCACCUCGGUGCGUUGUUGCCCGGACACCUUCACCCGCGGACCUGCGAGAGUUCGAACCUGAAAGUAAGAGUGAGUGAUCCAAGAGGAAAGUGGUGUUGUGCGUGUGUGUGUGCAUCGGUUGUUCUCAUCAAGCGGGGGAGGUAGCUUGCAACGACGUGCUUGUUUUAUUGUGCCAUUUGUUUUUUUUUUUUUUGUUUCCGAGCGGCAUACCCGCGAUCGAGCGGGAGUGCCGGUAGCUAUGGGUUAGACUUCCGAAACGUGUUAGUUCUUUUUCUCUCUUUCUCUGAGCUUUUCUAGUUGAAACCGCGUCGUAGCUGUGUGGGUUUUUUUUUUGUUUUUGAUCGCUUCUUUCCUAUCUUUUUCCGUUUCUUUUUAGGAGGCUCAAGGCCUCUUCCGUUGAGCUCUCUUCUGUGUAGUCGACUCGGUGUGUUUAUCGCGUCGCCUUAUCAACUGCUUGAACGACCCUCCUUCUUCAGCAAGUAGGGGUAAAAAAAAAAAAACACACAGCAAGAGGAUUAUUUUUUAUUGUUCAGUUUGACGGUGUCUUUCUCUCCGCGAAGGUUAAAAAAACAGACCUAUCAAAAUGGAAAUAUAAUACUGCUAUAGGGAGAGUUUGGUUCUUGCCGCUGCAUGCCACAGGCUCCGUUGGCUGGGCUCUACAGGUGUUAUUUUGCGAGGCGUAUUGUUUUUCUUUCUGGAGUGCGGCGAAUCGUGCGGUGUUCGUUCUACGGUGUUCAAGCACUGCUACGGGCUUCAGUUUUUUUGAUCAGCGUGCGACGUUGAAGAAUCGAAUCAACCGAGCUACUACUUGUGUCGUGUUGAUGCUACUGCGCGCUUCGCCGGGAUAGUGUGUGUGCCUCCCUAUCUGUUCCUUCGACUGCGCGUGUGUGGUUGCGCCGUAGUGCGUGGAAAACAUGAUACCGGUUGCCUCUCGAAGGCGCAGUAGGCGACAUCGUUCAACAUCGACGACUGCCGGCAACGCGGCUGCUCCGUGCUACCUUCGUAGCCACUACGCCGUGAUCGCUAAGCCACUAAACGAGCCCGAUCUACUCGCGUGACGUGUCUGUGGUUGUGUGGUGUGUUCGCGUUGUUGGGUUUGACGGCGCCUUUUUCUUUUUUUAACGAUGUUAUCCGCAUCAACUUGGAAUUCCUACUGCGUCGUCAGUGAGCCGACGAAGUCAGCUGCCGUCACGAAGCUAGCCGCCGGCAAGUGUCUAGUGUCCCGUCUCUGAGAAGAGGCACCGAAAAAGGCGGUAACCCCGCCAGGAGUCGGUGCGAUGGGACCGGGUGGCGGGGUACCAGCGGCGCCGUCCAGGCUCCCGGUACCCCUCCUGCUUCUGUUCCUACUCCUGCUGGCGCCCUGCAUGUCCUUCAUACGGGCCGACGACUCGUCGGCGGCCUCGAACACUCCUUCUGCUACGCCGCCGUGGUCUCCAUCGACGGCGGCGACGAACGCGUCCGGAAACACCGCGGCCAAUGACGUCGACAACUCCCUCGAAACGGCGUCGCCGUCGUCUUCCAGGAGCCCACACGCCCACGAAGACCCGGGCGUACCCGGGCCGCGGGGUUCGACGGGAAGUACGAAUGUCACGGAGAAUACAGGAGGAGGUGGACCAGGGGGCGCUGCUCACCAGACGUGGAAGUGCCCGGUGGCGCCCACGGAGGAGCCGCCGGGGACGCCCAAGACUCUACUCGUCGCCUACCUGAGCAACGUGGGCGGCACGGACAACCUGCGCCGCCAGGGACUGGUCGUGUCCGGCGCCAUGACGUACGCCAUCGAGCUUAUCAACCGGAACCGGACCAUACCGGGCUACCAGAUGGCGAUGGUCUACCGCGACACCCGGGGCGAGAUGCUGCACGGUACCAGGGCGGUGGUGGAAUGCCGGGAUAUGGGCGCCAAAGCCUUCUUCGGUCCCGAGGACUCCUGCUACGUCGAGGCUGCGCUCGCCGCCUCGCUCAACUUGCCCAUGAUCUCAUACAAAUGCUCGGACGCCAACGUAGCGAACUACGAGAACACAACCUUUGCCCGCACUGUACCUUCAGCUGCGCUGGUCGUCCGCAGCGUCACUGCCCUGCUGAGCUUCUACGACUGGCGCAAGUUCAGCAUCGUCCAGGAGAACUCGCUCGGCUACGAGACGAUGGCGCAAUCUCUCGAGUCGCGCAUCAAGGGGGAGAAGCGCUUCACCAUCAACUCGAAGAACGUGUUCAACUCGGACCUGAGCUGCUGCGAACAGAAGCUGCCCUGCUGCCAGACCGCCAUGACCAAGAUACUGGACGAGACGUACCGCAAAACUCGCAUCUACGUGUUCUUGGGCAACUACCGGGACCUGCAGACGUUGCUCAUCGCCAUGCGCAUGCGUGGUCUGACGGACAAGGCUGAGUACUUGGUCAUCAUGAUAGACCAUGACAUCGACUCGUGGGAGGAAUUCAACCAUAACUUUUUCGGGAAAGUUCCUGAGAAGGACAUCCGUGCCCUGAGUGAGGCGUGCAGUCAGCUGCUGGUGAUUCUGCCCAGGCCCCCCGCCGGCGACUCAUAUUCGGAGUUCAUUGAGAAAGUGCGGGAGUACAACCAGAAGCCGCCUUUCAACUUCCCUCCUGGACCAACCAUCUUCAAGAAGCACAUCACUCAGUACGCGUCGUACCUGUUCGACUCAGUGAUGCUGUACGCUGACGCCGUGACGUCGCUGAUACGCAAGAACCACAACAUCUCCGAUGGUCAAGCCGUCAUUCGGGAGAUCAUAGGCAGGAAACGCUACAAAAGCGUGACUACCGCCGAGAUGAGUAUCACGCCCAAGGGUGACGUCGAGGGCAACUACACAGUGCUCGCGUUCCUGCCCGUGUCCGACGAGGCCGCCAUCAAGGUGCGCAACAAGCUGGUUGAGGCCCGUCGGGCCUCGCACUCAGUUAUCGAGCGGCUCUUCCAGCCUGCUGGCGGCUUCAAGUACGUCGACGACGAGACAGCUGCGUUUGAUCCGAGAGUCAAUGACAGCCUCCUUUGGAAGACUGGACAACCGCCCCUGGCAGAACCACCCUGUGGCUACGACGGCUCAGGUUGCAACGCCCCAGUAGAUAAUCGGCGAGAGAUACUAGCCAGUGUUCUCGGAGUCCUACUUAUCCUAGUGUCUGUGUUUGCAACUAUUGUCUACAGGAACUGGAAAUACGAGCAGGAGAUCGCGGGUCUCUUGUGGAUGAUUGACAAGCGGGAACUGGAGCCUUUGACCACUUUGACCGGCCCGAAGCAUGGAAUCAGCAAGCUCAGCCUGAUCAGCCAGAUGGUGAGCGACUCCCGGAUGAUGAACCUGUCCGAGGACACGUACCGGUACCGGGGCACCAUGACGUAUGUCAAGAAGCUCGUCUACCACCGCCGGUCGGCCGACAUCCCGCGCGCGGUCAAGAAAGAGAUGAAACUGAUGCGCGAGCUGCAUCACGAGAACCUGAACCCGUUCGUGGGAGCCUGCGUGGAGCCCAACUGCAUCUAUGCCGUCUCCGAGCUGUGUGUCAAGGGAAACCUGCAGGACAUUUUGGAGAAUGACGUCAUCAAGUUGGACAACAUGUUCAUCGCUUCAUUUGUUUUCGACAUCAUAAAGGGACUGCGCUACCUGCACGAGAGUGACCUUCGAGUGCACGGGAACCUCAGGUCAACCAACGUGCUCGUCACCAACCUGUGGGUGCUGCGACUCACAAACUUCGGGCUCCUUGAGCUUCGCGCUACGAAUGCAGCUGCACGGGCCAACAGGGACGACAAGGAGGACUACCAGCUGUACCGAAGCCAGCUCUGGCGAUCCCCCGAGGUAUUGCGCAACCCGUCGCAUUAUCCACGUGGAAGCCAGAAGGACGACAUGUACGCGUUCGCCAUCAUCCUGCACGAGAUCAUCGGCCGCCAGGGACCCUGGGGCAGCACGCGACUCGAACCCAAAGCGAUCAUCGACAAGGUGAAGGCGGGUGGCGACCCGCCGUUCCGGCCGCCGGUGUCGGACCUGCAGUGCCAGGACUACGUGCUCAGUGUCAUCAGCGACUGCUGGGCUGAGAAGCCCGACGCCCGGCCCGAACUCAGCCAGGUCCAGGAGCGGCUGAAGAAGAUGCGGCAGGGCAUGAAGCCGAACAUCAUGGACAACCUGAUGGCCCUGAUGGAGAAGUACGCCAACAACUUGGAAGAACUGGUGACCGAGCGGACGUGCCUGUUGGAGGAGGAGAAAAAGAAGACCGAGGCCCUGCUGCAUCGCAUGCUGCCAAAGACCGUAGCUCUUCAGCUGAUGCGGGGUCAGAUGGUGGUGCCCGAGUCCUUCGACGCCGUCACCAUCUACUUCAGCGACAUCGUUGGCUUCACUGAGAUGUCAGCCACCAGCACGCCACUAGAGGUGGUGAACUUCCUAAACGAAUUGUACACGUGCUUUGACUCGAUUAUCCGCCACUAUGACGUGUACAAGGUGGAGACCAUCGGCGACGCGUACAUGGUGGUCAGCGGGCUGCCCGAGCGCAACGGCGACGCGCACGCCCGCGAGGUGGCCUCCAUGGCGCUCGAGAUCCUGGACGCUGUGCGCCACUUCACGAUACGGCACCGGCCCGGAGCAACACUCAAGCUGCGUAUAGGCAUCCAUUCAGGACCUGUGGUUGCCGGCGUGGUAGGACUCACCAUGCCGCGGUACUGCCUGUUUGGCGACACGGUUAACACAGCAUCGCGCAUGGAGUCCAAUGGCGAAGCACUAAAGAUCCACAUCAGCAGCCAGUGUAGGGACCUGCUCGUAAAAAUAGGAGGAUAUGACAUCGCCGACCGAGGCCUUGUUAAAAUGAAGGGCAAAGGCGAGCUGCGCACCUACUGGCUUCUGGGCCACAAGGCCGGACCUCAGCAUCGCCGUGCCGAGGACGGCAACCAGUUCCUGCCGGCGCCACUGUUCAAUGUGGGUGACGGCGGCACAGGAGGGGGUGCCAUGGCAGCGCCCCACCGGAGCCCCAAGACGGAGGGCCUGCCCCGGCGAGGAUCACUGAUCCCGAAGCUGUCGGACCACGACACCGACCUUCUGGGCACGGCGCUCAUGAACGGAUCAGUGAUGGGUGGCAUUCAGGCCUUGCACCGGCUAAAGCAGGACAGCCCGGGCAUCCUGCGUCCCAAGCCAUCGCGGGAGUCUUCCUUCACACACAAGGGCCCGCGGCGGCAUGAGUUCCUUGAGGCCCCAUCGUCACGCACGAACAGUGUGGCCGACCUCGACGGCGGCCUCAUCCUGCCGCGCCGAAAUGAGUCGACGCUGUCGCCGUGCGCCAAGGACGAGUUCGGCUGCUCGAACCCGGAUCUGGCCGUGCUCAGGGCCCGGCAGUGGGCUGCCGACCGUGGCAAGAACGGACUCAAGAGCCUGGACGAGAGCGCACGGCCGCUGCUGCGCGACGCAUCGACCAACUGCAACGGCAACGGCGGGGGACACCUGCUGUCGCUCGCCGAGGACGCCGCCAAGCGAUGGCGCUCCUGCGAUGAGAUCGCCGCGCUCGCGCCCACCCGUGACAAGCUGAAGAAAGUCUUUACCGGCCUGCUGCGCGCGGGCGCGUCGCGCGACAAGUCGCGAGACUGGGACUCGACGGCAGUGGAUGCAGGCGGAGGACUGCCGAGGCUAGUGUGCGAGAGCGCCGAGGACACGACGGAGAGCAUCGUAUGAGUGCGACUUCUUACGCAUCGUUAGAAUCCCUCAUUCUUGUCGUUCGAUGAAGUGGCCUUUUUCUGUCCUUGUACAAUUAAGGCCAGUGCCAUAAGCAUGCACGACUUCUCUGUGCCAAAACCGUGACAGGUUGGCACCGACGCGGGGACUCGGAAGGCCCAUACAUGCGAGCUAUUUUCACCGGCUCCGAGCAUCGCCAGCAAGGUUUUUCCAAGUGUGAUAGGACCUUGAGCAUGAGGAAACACUCCAUACGGGCCCCAUGCCGUUAGCAUGCGGUUAUUUUACGAAGUGCUGUGCUUAGGAAUCAAAGGCUUGUGGGUUAGUGUAGCAGGAACUGUGAGCCAAUUAUGGGAGCUUGUUACACGAGCUAGAGACGUAAGCGUUAGUUUUUUUUUUCCCUCGCCCUAAUGCGACACAUGCUACUGUCACUUGAUAAAUGAAGGGGACUGCAGCUGUAUUCUUUCAGUCAAAGCAGCAUCAAGGUUACUAUGGACCUUUACCUUGUGUAGCCUUUCCUGAACUAUAAAUAAUGUUUUCAAAGUGACACGAGCUCACCAUUGCAAAUUUAAGUAUGGUUCACUAAUGAAGGCAGCAGGCCAGCCUCUGAUACAUGAGACAGCCGUAUUGUAUGGUUAGUUUUGUACAUAACUCUUUGUUUCACAGCCACAACGGAAACGAGCUGCUCUCAGCAGUGCUGGAUGUACGAACAGGUUCACUGGCCAUAUACCUGUACAGUUGAAGCAUACGGUCUUGGGCUUCCAUGGCAGUGGUUCGGAGUUUCGAAACUACCAUAUUUCCUCUGCGUUCUGUUACACAAGUGGAAUUUCAAAAGUGCGCAGUACUUUUUUGUUUGUGAACUAAGUGAAGAAGCCACCUCGCUUCGUGGAAACGGGAAGGGCCAGACGUGUAUGCAGCACCACAGAGGGUGUGACGAAAACGGUGAGUGAAGUAGGCGUUCGACGACUGCGACAUUGAACAAGCUGCACGUCUAGCUCAUCGUGUGUUAUGCUGCUGCCUCACUGAGACCGAGUGUUAGUUACCUGGUGAUGAUGCCUGGACUUUACGACCACCUUGAUGGCUGGCUCCCCUACAGCACACGUCGUGCUUCCAGCCGUGUUGAGAAACAAAAACGAGGCGAUCGUUGUGGAAGUGUCGGUGUGUUACGAGUUAUCUGUGGCGUCUACAUUCCCAAGAGCCGAGUGUGUCGUUCGCCGAGUGAGCUACAGAAUGGUCGCCGUGCCUACAAUGAGUUGCCACUUUUGGAGUGAGUGCCGCGAUGCAAGUACGUGCCACACCGGACAGAAACAUCGGUUUUCGUUUUAAACAUGUGGACACAGCUUCCGCAAAGUCACCCUUGCGAGUUCUUGCAUACCUUUUCUUUCGUGACAAAUUUUUUUUUGCCAAAAAUGUGCCUGCAUAUUUUUUUUUAAGUACGUGUCAUGCGGCUAUAACGCCGCACUUCUGGAGCCACCUUUUUAAGCACACACACAUAGACUCUUUGACACGCGUCAACGCCAUGUAUGCAUCAAUGUGCUUGGAGCACCUGAUAGUGUCAAAGCGCGGAAGUGUUUAUAGUGUUAGUCUGUGUUUUUUUUUUUUCUCCCCGAUCGUGUCCUUCCAAUAUCGCCACGUUGACGCACGUCGCCGACUUCUCGGUGCAUGUCGCUUGAAUGUACCAUGAACAAUUUAACAAAUAACUUGUUUAAUUUUUAUUCCCCCUUCCCCAUCCUCCCUUUUUUUUGUUUUCUCGUUACGUGUGUCAAAAUGCAUCCUCAUUCCAAGUCAGACGAAUGAACAAGUGUGUUUCCAUGUCUCUUGUGCCGUUUUUUCUGACAACACUUCAUUCGCGCCGUGUCGCGGCACGACCGUUUGAGUUGACGUUGAAGAGUGUAAGUUUAGCUUGGCGUCGAAGUCCCGACACUGCAUUUUCCACAGUGUGUCAUUCAUAGUCACCUUUAUUUGUGUUUUUUUUUUUUUGGUUCUGCGAAGUGUGAACACUUUCUUUUUAUUGUGUUAGCAUCAGCUGAAGCAUUGUAUUUAAUGUUUCCCACAUGGGUUCCAUGUGUGCUUACGAUAAAUGUUAAACAUUUCCGUGUGUCUGUGAGCAAGAACGUUGUGUUAUCACUUGUGGGAUUAGUACCUGAAAGGCAAGAGAAGAAUCAAAGUUUCUUGUUUUUUUGUCGCUACUUUUUUUCUUUCAGAAAGACUUGAAUUGCUUCGAUGAGCGUGGUGAUAGAAACAGGCAGGGUGCUUGUCUAGAACAACUGUUACCUGUUAUCAGCGGGCACCAAGAUAUCUAGAUUACUACGUCGAAUCUGCGCCGCUUCGUUUUUUACAGACAACUGGGCGCCCAGAUUACGUUGCGUGAAAGCAGGAAUUUCCACGUUGCAAGCCGGCCACGACUCCCGUGUCUAAUACUUUUGACAAACGGUUUUCACGUGUGCCGAAUUCAACCGUUGUCAGACGAGUAAGUUGCAACGCACUCGUUAAAUGUACACCGCAACUUCUGUUUUCGCGUUUGCAUGUAGGAGUGAUGAACGUUCAAAGUGUUAGCAGGCACAUAAUUUUACCACUGUUUCUUCUGAAGGCAGGUGGGUGAAUCAACAAAAAAAAAUGAUCUCGCAUAAUUCACGAAGAGUGUGUAACGUAUUGCAACUUUUCCAGAAAAAAACGUACAUUCUCUCAUUGUUGUCUCUUAAUCCCAUUGCAUGUCUCCGCGCAUUAGUUCAUAUGUCAGUUUCAAAUGUUGGAAAGAUGUGUCGAUUGCCAUUACUUUUUUUUUUCUUUUGCUUACAGCUUCACGUAGUACCUGCUAGGCCAAGAUAUUAGCCACAGCUUGAGGGCAAACUUGUCAAAUGUACAGAAGCCUUGCUCCUGGGCAAGAUUACGUCAUAUGUUGCUUCACUCUUUGUCGCGUAUUGAUGUAAUGAUUGGCACGUUUCGUGCAGGUUUGUGUGCUAUGUCUCCACAAUAUGUGUAAAAACGUGACACAUUUUAAAUAAUGCGUCGUUCGCUGUCGGUUCUCUUGAGCGGUAUCAUGUUUUAUGCAAGGGAUCUAGGUGUAGUCAAUGCCCAGAGAUUGUUCGUUAACAUUCUUUUCAGUUUGGAAGCUAUUUACCUUUCCAUUACAUAGUACUUUGGACCUUGAAUACUUCAUGAUGAGGAAAGCAUGGUGUCUAGACACUGAAAUCGCACUGCUUAUUAAAAAAAUAACUGCAGCUAAUGGUCGAGUACUUAAUUGUAAUGAGCAUUGACGUCAUCUCUUUAGUCGGUAACUUCUCUGGUGAGUAAACUUGGUGGCUUUUACUUUUUGAGGUACUUUUCGAAUCUUCUUUUAGAUGCUUCACCUGCGAUCAAGUGUCACUGUACCGUCAGCGGAUGCUGAGCAUCGCUUGUGGUGAAGACUUAGUAAUACAGUGCAAUAGCUUGUCGUACGAUAGCACAAUUAAGUGAGUUCAUUUUCAUGGCCCUUAGCUGCUGUGCAAAGCAACUUUCACUUUGACUUCUACGAAAUUUAGGUCCUUGAGCAAAGUCCAGUCUUAAACUUAGCCUAAUGGCCCAGAGCCAGUGGCACCUCUUCGUUUCGCUUUUGCUGUUAAUUAAUGGCAGACGUAGGGUGCGGGUUUGAUUCCCGGCCACAGCGGCCACAUUCUGAUGGGGGCAAAAGGUAAAGAGCAACCGUGUGCUUAUAUUUAGGUGCACGUUAAAGAAAUCAAGUUGGUUGAAAUAAAUCUGGAGUCCCCUGCUACGGCGUGCCUCAUAAUCAUAUCUUUAUUUUGGCAUGUAAAGCCCCAGCAAUUAUAUUAUUAUAAUUAAUGGCAAACAUUAUGUAGUGCCGUGGUACUUCAUGUUUAAUCACUCAGCCCUCGCGUGGCACUUGGCAAAUUAUGCAGACUCUGUCCUCUAUGACGCAGGUCAACAGCUUUAUGCAGAGUGCAGGCAAAGCCUUAAAUGUCUCUAGGGCUAAAAUAAGGAUGGUAUGAUAACAGUUUAUGUAUGUCGGUAUAAAAACUUUAUUAUCAUCGCACUGUUAUUUCCGCUUGCAGACAGUAGUGCAGUUUGUGAGUCGCGAAGCUGGUCUAAAGCUCUGAUAUCCGAGACAGGAAAAAAGAAUCGGAGCACCGUUGAAAUGGACAGUGUCCGUGCUUUUCCAAAAAGGUCAUUGUACCGCGGUAAUGGGCGUGGAGACGGAAGCUGACGCAAAAUUUUGUGGUACCAGCUAGGAAUGACAAAGAAGAGAGUCAUGUUUUAGUUCAGUAAAAGAAAAGACAGUUUUGGCUCGUUGUGGUCCUCUUGUAUUCAUGCGGUCAAGAAAGCCCUUAGCGUUUGCUUCAGCAAAAGCCGCGAAAUAAUGCAGAAAGCGGGUAGGAAAGUAUGCACCCCUAACUUAAUCAUGCCCCGCUCCAGCUUUUCUUAUUUCUUGUGUCAUUGGGAGUUCGUUUGGAGAAGAUUGGUUAUGGAAAAAAAAAAGUGUAGGCGUGUAAAGCCUCAAAGAAUAGCCACUGCAUUCGUUGCUCUUAUUGUGCUUGUUUACUGGCAAGUCAACAUUGCGAACAACUUGAACUUAUGACGUCCGAGUGCAUAGGCUGGGCAGUACUUCUAACCGGAGAUAUAAAAGACUCUUAUGUGUAGCCACUGAUGUGAACGUGACACUUGUAUGCUGAUUGAUUGACUCAUUGAUACUGAAAUACAUGUGGCCGGCCACUUUGUGCGGCAGAGGUGACAACGCCGAGAUGUGGUCUAGCAGAUGAAUGACUGUAGCAGAGCUGGUGAAGGACUGUAGCGCUCGGUCAUAGACUUGACGUAAUGCAUUGCCUAAUGAAAGGCAUCGUCAUGUACCUAAUUAAAAACUGCCUUAACCGUAGGGAAAUUAGGAAUCCUGUUAGAAUUUUGUUUCCUUCUUAGCAAGAGUCAUUUCAAACUCUUCCAGCUAGUCAGGGUUCAUUUGAAGUCAGCAGUGUGAAAAGUUAGACGAUGCGAAUAUAAACGCUUGUUUUCUUACCAGAACGUAUGAAUUUAGGGUAUGAGAAGUGUAGGGAAGGAGAAACCUUCAGCUGAGCCAGCUUGGGCAUCCAUUUAAACAUUUUAAACUUUAACUGCAUGUCGAAGCACGAUGAAGUUCUCAUAACUUUUCAGUCAAUGUAUUCCUUGAGUUGGACCGGUUACAUUCAUAAACACCGUUCACCACACUCGCCUUUCUGUUUACCUUAUCCUGGAGUGUCACGAUGCUUUCAUGUGUGUGUGUGCAUGUAUGUGUGUGCAUCUAUGUGAAAAUGCUUAUCUGUAUGUACGUACAUGCCAUCUUUUGUGUAUUAGCGUGAAAGCAUCAACCGGACGGUACUAGGGGCAACAACAGAAUGAUGGCCUAUACAAGAGUGAGACAGUGUGCUGGCUGACAACUGACUUAUUUUUGUGACAGAAAAGCAAUUAAAUACAUUUAAUAUAGUUAAAUACAGCUGGCAGUCAGUACAAGGCAUCAUCUUGUUUCAUGCCUUCGUCUUGUCAUUGUGCUUACUGCGUUUCCCUUCUGUCUGUCGAUAUAUAUCGAGACAUGUCCAUGAUAAUGAUAAUGUUUCUGAUACUACGGUUAAAUUGCGUGCGGCAUCUGGGAUUUAAUAAUUAGACUUUUGUUAUUGCUUAUUGAGACUGUAUCAGGGCAAGCAUUUAGGAAUACUAGUGCAGAGAGUAAAUGCAGUGUUACCAGUAUAAGUUGUAGCUCAGAAUCAACUCGGAAUGUUCUUAUUUGGGUGCGUGUGAAAUGCAGGAAAUGUUUUAGCAUUAUGGCAAACAUGUUACUCAAGGACAAGAUGAAAUGACGUUGACGAAUGUGUUGUCCUCAUCUUUUUACUUGUCCUCGUGUAAUCUGCCUGCUAAAACACUCGAUGGAAUAGCCACAUGCUCAAAGUGAGUCUUUCAAAAAAGAUGUUUCAUUACACAAGCACUGCUAUUUGGCUUGCGAAUGAACAGGCAUUGAAUUUUAAGAUGAAUUUGCAAUUUGCAGUGUAGUAACUGUGAUGACUGCUUCUUCUUCUUCCUGUUAUAUUCUGUAUUGAAAAAUGUGUCUGAAAAUCUGAAAAUUUUCAUGAGGGAAAACAAAGUGCGAAGUUCACAAAUCACAGAAGCAGUCGUGACGAUACACUGAACGUUAUGCCAUCUGACAAUAUGAUGCAAUAUCUAGGUAUCCACUUCCAGAUUAGUUGUAAAAGCCUGCAUUUCUUUAUUUCAGCAUAUCAGUAGUUUCAUUCACUGAAGGUUUGGCCAUGCUUGGCAGUACGUCUAUGUCAGUCGAUUCAAUUCUCAAUAUUGUAAUUCUCUUACAUUACCUUAUUGCAAUGUACAUCAUUGUUGUGGAGUUUUGAGACUGUGAACUUGGCUCUUUAAUUUUUCCCCUGAAUGUACGAUGUGGUGAUUUCUGCGAAGCAAAAAUUGAUGAGCUCAAUGCAAAUGAACUUGUAGCUUUUAGAUGCUCAAAACAACCUUUUGCUCGUAAGCCUUAAUUCUAUCUCUAUAUCAAUUCAACAAUGGCUGUAAGGUAUCAUUCCUGCUUCUCACAUGUAUUCAAACAGGUCAAGGUGGCCCCAUUGCAAAGGUCUUUCAUGUGCGCGAGGUUGAUAAGCAAAAAAAGAAGCAAUGUAAUUUGUCAGAAAUCAGAGGUCUCCUUUCAGUCCUUAUUGUAGCCGUCGAAACCAGUGUACGUGCUUUCUUAGCUGAAGUUAAUAUGUUUUACACAAAAGCAAAAAAAAGGGGGGGAGUGGUUGGGGGAUGUUGGCAAACUGUCUGUGCCAUGCAUUAUAAGCCUUCAGCAUUCAAUUCAUAGCAGAGUGGGUGUACUUUUUCUGUGCUUUAAGUCUUGCGGUGUUGCAUGCGAUCACCCAAGUCUACUGCAGUUGUUCAAACUACGUACAGUGCCGCUCAGUAUGAGUCACAACACAGUGGCCAUGGUUGAAGGGGCCGCAAGCCUACGCUGUAACACUGGCAAACUUGAAAUUGGUUUUGCAAAUAGUUCCAGCAGUUGAAACAGUGUUUACAUAACUGAUUAUUUCUUUGUCCUCGCCACCAUGCAGUGUUGUCGCCGCUUUGACUAUGGGCAGCAUAUUGCAACUCUUAUUGGGCACGACUGUACGUCUCUUAUAUUCAAAAAGAAACUGAACGUGGGUCAGCAGAAACUAUUACUUUUGGUCAGCAGAAAUCAUUACUCCGUCUUGAAUGUCGUGCAAUUUUUAACACGAAAUGGAGACAUUGCAAGAAACACUUAAAAUGUGUAAUUCUGGCAGCAGUUGAUUGACGAGUUCGGUUUCAUUGUCCAGAUUUGUCGAAGCGCGUGUCCUGGUUUCUAUGCCAGCUGGCACGCUCAUAGCAGGAGCAUGAAGAGAUGGAAGAAAACAAAAAAAAAAAGUACAGCGAAAUGGUGUGUGUCAGUGCCAAAUGCACACUAGUUAUUGUUUUUUUUCUUCAUGGGGUGACUUCUGUGAUACGAGUUACGUUAAAAGAGUUUUUGAAUGUCACGCUGUUUUCAUCGUUUAUAUUUUUUUUCUUCCCUCCCUUAACUAUCUCUCUAUCGAAGCCAAGUGGUUGGACUUGGCUUCGUGGCAUUAGUGUAAAUAAAAACGAAUUAUUUUU